GUACAAUGAGGCUUUCCUCCACACUCCUUCUCCUCUCCGGUAUUGCCGUUUGUCUUUCUCUGCAAAACGAAACGGAGCUGCAUAUUGGCACCCUUAUUCCCCAUUUGGCUGUCGACUACUUUGGUUAUAAAAAUGCCAUUGAACUUGCGGCUGAGACUAUCCACAGCCAAGGCUUAUUGAAGGGAUAUAAACUGGUAUUUCAUCACAAAGAUACCCUCGUAAGUAUACUAUAUUGCAUAUUACAAAAAUAGCCCGUUCCCUCUCUUUUAAACCCAGCCCCUCUCUGAUAAGUCCCUUCUCCAAUAAGUCCCCACCCCAGAAGUGCCUGAAAAAAUAUGCCCUCGGGGAAAUAUAUUAUAUUGCAUAUUAAGAAAUAUAGCCCUUUCCCUCUCUUUUAAACCACCUCUCUAAUAAGCCCCCCUCCAAUAAGUCCCCUCUCCAAUACGCCCCCCCCCCAGAAGUGCCUGAAAAAAUAUGCCCCUGGAAGUAUAUUAUAUUGCAUAUUAAAAAUAUAGUAGGCCCUUCCCUCUCUUUUAGACCACCUCUCAAUAAGCCCGCCCCCUUCAAUUCAUUCCCCCCUCCAAUAAGUCCCACCCUCCAAUAAGUCCCCCCCCCCCAGAAAUGCCUGAAAAAUACCCCGGGGAAUAAACUACUUAGAGAGAUUAUACGGUAACAUCUUUUCAUACUUUAAUACUUUCAGCUUACGGCCGCCAAAGCAAUACAAUCAUUGAUUGAGUUCAGAAGUAUGAAUUCCUCAAAUGCAGUGAAAAUCUGCAUUCUUGGGCCAGCACUCACGAAAGUCGCCGUUCAUACUGCUCAACUGGCUUCGAUUUGGGGCACGUUACAGGUACAUAAGGCAGAUCUAGACCAUAUAGAUAUGAAAUUCUGCGUGAUGUGUGCCUCUUUAACAGGGGCGGCGGAACCAAGAGAGUUGCUGGGACACACGCUCCCUCCCCAAUCAUUUUAUAAACAGACUUCAAACCUGACCUGUCCUUCAGUGACACAUGUUGCCUUGUGAUUUGUAAUGUAUGGUAAACAUUUUCAAUAGACAACUUGCAUGUUAGACUAAUUUUUUAUUUAGGCGAAAAAAAGUAAAUUCCCGUAAAGAUCUUAUUAAAAUUAGUAAAAUUGCAAAAUUUGUUUGCGAAAUGUUGUAAAAUACAGAAAAUAUAGCCUUGCGAAGUUUGCAUAUUUUCAGUAUAUUUAUAUUACGUGCGGAAAUUGUUACCAUUUUUGAGCCGAAAAUGGUAACAAUUUCCGCACGUAAUAUACAAAUCACUGAAAAUAUGCAAACUUCACAAGGCUACAUUUUCUGUAUUUUACAACAUUUCGCAACCAAAUUUUGCAAUUUUACUAAUUUCAUUAUGUUCUUUUUAACUGUUGUGUUUUAUUUCCUUCUCUUUACUUAGAUUAAAAUUUAGUCUAACAUGCAAGUUGUCCAUUAACCGAUGCGACAUGCGUAGAAAUUAUCAGAUUUUGUUGCAAGUUGCAGUAAUUUUGUUGCUCGUAUUACUCCACCUUAAAACGAGCAACAGCUAGCCGCUCUCCUGCAUGCACACUCAUCAAGUCUCUCAAAAUCUGAUCCAGCUCAAGUUUGAGAGUUGCAACUCUACAAAAGCCAUCUGGUAGGCAUUUACCAAAAUAGAUAAUAUUCCCUGAGCUAUCGACUAAUUUUUUAUCUAGACAAGAAAGACGAAAUACAUCAUUGUAGCUCAAAAGAGCGUCCUAAAAUUAGUAAAAAUGCAAAGUACUAAUUUUAGGAUGCUCUUUUGAGCUGCAAUGAUAUAUUUCGUCUUUCUUGUCUAGAUAAAAAAAAAUAGUCGAUAGCUAGCUGGAAUUGUUUAUUCAUAGUCGUUCAUUCAUUUCAGGUUUCAUACGGCGCGUCAAGUCCUGAAUUGAUGUCAGAAACCUAUCCGAAAUUCCUCAGUAUGGCGCCCUCUUCAAACUCCGUGAACAGCGCUGUGAUCAAGUUAAUGAACUUUUUUCAAUGGAAACGCGUUGCUUUGGCGUACGACCUUGAUGUCAAGUAUAAAUCUUUUUAUCUUCCGGUAAGUCGCCAACUGUUCCAAUUAAUUGAUUAACUUUAUUUAUACUGGAUAGCUCUAUCAAUUGUAAACUGUUCUCCCUAGAGGUCCAGUAAGGAUCAUCUCUUAUUGAUCCAGUGUUACUGCAGGAGGAAACCUAAAUUGAACUAAUUUUAUUUAUACUGGAUACCUCCAUCAGUUCUAAACUGUUCUCCUAGAGGUCCAGUAAGGAUCAUCUCUUUUUGAUCCAGUGUUACUACAGGAGGAAACCUAAAUUGAACUAAUUUUAUUUAUACUGGAUAGCUCUAUCAGUUCUAAACUGUUCUUCCUAGAGGUCCAGUAAGGAUCAUCUCUUUUUUAUCCAGUGUUACUACAGGAGGAAACCUAAACUAAACUAACUUUAUUUAUACUGGAUAGCUCUAUCAAUUGUAAACUGUUCUCCCUAGAGGUCCAGUAAGGAUCAUCUCCUAAUGAUCCAGUGUUACUACAGGAGGACACCUAAACUAAACUAACUCUAUUUAUACUGGAUAGCUCUAUCAGUUCUAAACUGUUCUCCGUAUAGAGGUCCAGUAAGAAUUAUCCCUUAUUGUUCCAGUCUUUCGUUAUCCUCAUUUCUUGACAGACCAUGAAUGCUUUCAAAGACAAUUUAAAAGCAAAGAAUGUGGACAUUCUCAUUGAAGAAGGAUUAGAUAUGACAAAAAAUCACAAAACAUCUUUUAUUCAAAAUUUGAAGGUAUUCCAAUUUUUGCUGCAAUUUCCAACGCAGUCUGAGAUGCAGAGCCAUGUAUCGAAUUCUACUCUUUCGACACUUCCUUAACAUAACAUACUCUUAAGUUUAGAACAGGGGUGGAAAAGUAUCAGACCACGGGACUAAUAGUUGAAAACUACACGCGUAAAAACGCACAGUUUGUAACAAGUCUGCAAACAAGUUGUUACAAGUCCGUUCACAAGCUGUCAACAAGUUGUGCUCGCACUGCUUGUUCCCAUGCAGUUUGUUGGAACAAGUUUGGAACAAGCUGUUAACAACUUGUAACAAGCUUGAUGGUAUUAUCAGCCUUGUUACAAGACUGUGCUAACAAGUUUGUUACAGCCAUGAUAUAACAAGGAUGUUACAAGGAUGUCAACACAAGGUUGUAACAAUCUUGAUAUAUCAAGCAUGUAACGGACUUGUCAGAACAACCUUGCAACAAAGUCUGAUAAUUUCGACAAGGUUGUUACAAGUUGUCAACAAGUUUUUCCAAACCUGUUGACAACUUGUGACAAGCAGUGCGAAUACAUCGUGUUGACGGCUUGUUGGCAGACUUGUUACAAGAUAUGUGAGAUUUUUUCGUGUGUAUUAUUGAAUCAAGUGAGAUACCAACAAAAUCCCUCCUUGUAGUGCCUUUUUUUGCAUAUAUAUUUACUUUAGGAUCUAACCCUCGAUGCAUGUUAUCUAAAUUAGUUUUAUGUUAUAUUCCUAAAAGCAUGGAUAAUAAAAUAAAUGGAUAGGAAACUAGCUGACGUGACCUAAUGUUUUCAAUGGGCUGAUGGCGUGAUUGGAUGUUGAAACCUAGUUGCAAACCAAAUUCUCAAAAACGGCAUGUUUAGCAAUAAUACAGCUAAAUAUUUUAGUCAAAAAGCAAAUGAAUAUAACUACGCCAUUCUACGAUGAAAUCUCUAAGUAUUUCAAGCACUAAACAGUGAAAAAUGCAUCCCAAAUUUCGUUAAAAUUGGGGACGCCAAUUUCGUAGCUACAAAUGUAAAAAAAUACAAAACAAAGACGAAAGACGUUUACCUUGAAUACUUUGUCGUGGCUUAGGCAUGUUUUUAAAACAAUUAGACCAGUUUAUGCUUCAAUAUUACUCUUUUAAAGCGGAAAGUAUAGCGAAACAACAAAAAUGCCGAGAACUUUGCAAUACGCGUGACGUCACAGAUUGCAACCAGGUUGUUUUUGCUUACGUCAGCUAGGGUCCUAUCCAUUUAUUUUAUUAUCCACGCUAAAAGUAAUAAGAUUCUCAGUGCACUGAAAUAAUUUAUUUCUGUUAAAAUAGAACAUGACAUCCAGUUUGACAACUUGUUAGUGUUACACACAGAGGCGGAUUAGCUGACCGGGCUACCGGGCGAUGCCCCGGUGGGCCCCUGCUUCUAAUGGACCUUUAACCUUAUAACUAAAAUUUUGAUCUAGACAAAAAUUUCAUCACAGCUUGAAAGAGCAUCACAAAAUUAGUAAUAUUCCGAAGUUUCGUUGCGAAAUGUUGUAAAAUGCGGAUAAUAUAGCCCUGCGAAAUUUGCAAUUUUCAGUAAUUUUGUAUUACAAACGGGAAAUUGAUGCCCCAACACCCGAUUUUGGGCUGUCAAUUUCCCAUGCGUAAUACAAAAUGACUGAAAACGGCAAACUUCGCAAGGCUAUAUUAUCCGCAUUUACAACAUUUCGCAACGAACUUUGGAAUAUUAUAAUUUUGUGAUGCUCUUUCAAGCCGUCCUAAGAUCGUAAGGUCUCUAAUACCAGGCUGACGAACAUUUGAUAUACUGUAAUUGCAGUGCUCGAAAAUAAACACUUACGCUGCAAAAGAGUUUCUCGUUAGUCAUUUCUUUUUAUCGAUUCAUUGAUAUUUUUAUUAAAGGAAAAAGAUGCUAGAAUCGUGAUUGCCCUACUCGAGAAUGAUAAUCUUAUAAAAGUUAUGUGUGAGGUAAGGCUACUCACAACAAGGACAAUAAUCUAUGUUAUAAAGUAACGGGGAGGGGGGGGGGGCGGGCGGGGCGGAACUGGCCAACAGACUUUUUAUAUAGAUUAUAUUACGAAUGUCCAAAAAGGUGUGGUGCCUCCUCCCUCCCCAUACCCCCAUACGAUUUACGCCCCCUCUCGAUUCAUCAUCACCCCUUUCUAAUAAUGCCCCCGGUCAAACGAGAACAAAAACUAGAGAAUAAUGCUUUGCCAAGUUUUGGUCAAAGGUGAAAGAAACCCUUAUUUAUUUAUUUAGCUUUGCCAACUAGGGCAGGGUCACCACAACAGCAUAUGCCAAUUACUGUGCAUGGGCCCUUAUUACGAGUUAAUUCUCAACCUCGUUUCACCGGGGCUAAAAUUCUUCGCGAACGCAUGAAAUGAAUAAGCCCCAAGGAGAGGAUUAAUAAACAAUUUGCAAUAAUCGUUUCCCUUAGGCGUACAAACAAGAUUUCUAUGGAGAUCGAAUCGUAUGGGUGGCGUAUUUGGCUCCUAUAGUUUUCAAAUCGGGAAUGAACUAUGGCUGUAACGAAACAGAGUUUGACACAGUUAGUGAAGGGAUGUUUGUCAUGAAUAUUCAGUUUUUCCGAACAGACCUAAAAAAGACCAUAUCUGGCCUGGUAAGUCUUUGCGUGCAUGUACAUUUUAUUCUCGUGGAACCGUGGAGAUAUUAGGAAGCUUUAGUGACGCGUACGGGAUUAAGGAUGCAUCCCAUUGGAUGGCGGCUCGCUUUAACUGCUCGCAGAACUUGCCGAUCACGCGCAGUUGAUCGCCAGUUACAGCUCUGUAUGUAUCUACUCUGUGUACUUGUACUCGUAGACGCUUCUAGAGCUCUCGGUAAUCUUCCAGCGGAGCCAAGUCUAUACCGAUGCAGCCAGUCAGGGCUGCAUGGUUUACAGUAUCAAAGCUUCUGUGAUCACAGUAGGAAUUUUGCAUUGGUAAAUUCGUAAUGAUUUGUGAUGAUGAUUAACUUUAUUCAGUAUUAUUAGCAUGACAAAAUUACUGGAUGCUGAUUUGUUGAGAGGAGUACAAUUAUUUCAUUAAUUGUACUGCAGUACAAUUAAUGAUUUUCCCAAAACAAACAAACACAAGCGUGAAAUGAAAUUGCCCUAGAGGAACUAGAUGAAAAUACGAACAAAAGCACCAAAUUUUGCUUUAACACAAGAACUAAAUGAAAAUACGGACAAAAGCAACAAAGUUUGGUUGAAAAUCUGGCAGGACUGGGCUUUGGCGAGAGAAUAUAUGAUGUUAACAUUGAGAAGUAUCCAAUUUUGUCAUGCUAAUAAUAAACAAAAAAAUGUACAAGUAUGUGUACAAGAAACUGUACAAAAAAUUGUACUCGUGAUGUUUGGAAAUUUGCCAAAUUGGACUCGCCCCCGGCGGCUCGUCUAAUUUUGGCACAAUUUCCAAACAUCACUCGUACUGUUAAUCCCUAAUAGACCUUUCCCCUUUUAAGUGAGAUUUUGAUCAAGACAAGCCUUGACAAAAAUUUCAUCACAGCUUGAAAAAGCAUCACAAAAUUAGUAAUAUUCCAAUGUUUCGUUGCGAAAUGUUGUAAAAUGCGGAUAAUAUAGCCUUGCGAAGUUUGCCGUUUUUCAGUCAUUUAGAUUACAAAUGGGAAAUUGAUAAUCAGUUUGAUCAUCUGAUUAUCAAUUUCCCAUUUGUAAUCUAAAUGACUGAAAAUUACAAACUUCGCAAGGCUAUAUUAUCCGCAUUUUACAACAUUUUAAAAAGAAAAUUUGGAAUAUUACUAAUUUUGUGAUGCUCUUUCAAGCUGUGAUGAAUUUUUUGUCCAGACUUGUCUAGAUCAAAAUUUCAUUACCGAUUACCUAUACUUAAACACACUAAUCUUUUCAACACACAGCUGAUCUCCAAAAGAGGUUUGCUAAUAUUACAAAACACAUAUUUAUAUACUAGAGGAGAUUUUUUUGUAUGUUACGUAACACGCGCUCAAAACUAAUGCGUAUAAAGACCACUUGAGGUUAUGACUAAAUUCAAAAUUUUUAUUUUUCGAUACGUUUCUCAAUCGGCAAACAAACUUAAAAAGUAUGUUUAGUGCUUUAUCUCAGUAAAAUAAUGCUAAAAUGAAAAGAUUUUAGAUGAUACGCCAAAGAGAAAAUGAUGUCUGAAGUUCAGUAAGUUUUGUUUAUAUGGCUGUAAAUAUGGCGUCAAUUUUAAAGCAUCUUCGAUAAUUGUAUUCUCAUUGACAAUUUUUAACUAUUAUUUUAUGUUUCUCAACCGGCAGAUGCAUUUAAAAAGGUAGCUAACUGUAUAAACUAGAGAAUAAAGCUAAAACAAAGUAAUUUUGAGAGGAACGCCAAAACGAUUUUAGGUUUUGAACACUUUUCAUUGCAAAUACGUGACAUUGAAAAAAAUUGCCUCUUAAAUAUUACUAGUAAUAUUUCGAAUCCGAUUAUGAGGACUGGACUAGAUUUCAAGUCCGUGCGCAAUUUGAUCAAGGCCGAGGCGAAGUCGAGGACUGGGUCAAAAUGUGAGAACUUGAAAUCUAGUCCAGUCCUCAUAGUCGGAUUCGAAAAGACAUCUCCUACGAUGGAAUGUUGUUAAUAUUUCGCACCUUCCGAACUUUCUUGAAUUGAAUCUCUAGUCUGCAUUCAUUUACAAGCAUAGCGAACCGGAAGAGUGUUAAAAAUUCAGUAUAAUAUAUAUCUAAUCAUAUUUUACAACUGUAGCACUGAGUUCAAAAUGUAAACAAAGCGUUUGUUUACAUUACGGACUUUAGAAUUAAUUUUGGUCCAGUCAAUAUAAGUCACCAGGUAUCCAGUAUUAUCAUGUGAGCAAAAUAAAGCAAUAUGAGAUAAAUUGAUUCCAUAUAUGUUUAAAUAAAAAAAAUGCUCCUUUACCAUUUCCAGACCGUAUCAGAUUACAAAAGAAGAAUGCGUGCUCGUCAUUUUAGAAUUGGUCUGCGAUCUUCAAUAGCCUUCGAUACAGCGUGGCUUUUGGCACUAAGUUUAAAUGCCUCUCUAGAAGAUGCUGGCAAAAUGCAACAACUUGACACAGAGAAGGCCAGAAACGAUUACUUCGAUUUGACACAAAAACUGAGAGAGCGUAUGAUCUCUAUGGACUUUGAAGGAAUCUCG